UCAAGCACGUGCUAUCACUAACACCGUUAACCAUGAACGUUCGACAAUAUAUUUUCGAAGAGCCUAGUACCACCUUUGUACGAUUCGCUGAUGCAGCUAACUAUGUUCACCCAAAUAAAAAGAUUACCAAUCGACCCUCUGAUAAAGCUAUCAUUGAGUCACUAAUAAAACGCAAGGUAAGUGUAAAUGAACCAGUAACUGAAGAUUUAGUAGAUGACUGUAUAGAACAUGGUCUUGUUAUUGACAUCAGCGAUAAACCAGAGGAAAAUAUAGAUAACUUUAUAAGGAAUGCGGCUUUUCACGAUACGAUUUUAAAAUAUAAAUCCUCCUUUUAUAGACCAGUUCAUCUAGCAGCGGAAAAAGGCGAUCUCCAGCUAGUGAAAAAUUUAGUAGCAGCAGGUGCAAACCUUUCUCAAUCACUAUCUCCUUUGGGUCAUGGAGAAACGCCGUUGGAAAGUGCUAUUAGGGGUGAUAAUCCUGAAAUAGUCAAGUAUUUGAUUGAUUGUGGUGCGAACUUUCGUAAAAUCAAAGAGGAGGAUGAUUUAGCGUUUCUGGUUCUGGUUUACGCUUUUAGAUUCAGAAGCAGGAAGGUCAUUAAUGCUUAUUUAACUGAAGGUACGGACGUCAGGUACGUGUCCUGGUCUUACGGAUCGCUCAUACACUGCGCAAUUUACAACGGCGACUUAGAUCUUAUCCAGCGGCUUUUGGAUUUAGGAGCUUACGUAAAUUCUUUGAGCAUUUAUUCAGAUAAGUUCAGAUGGUUCCAUGGGACCUUGACACCUUUGCAGACUGCCAUCGCGAUCAAAAGAGUCGAUAUUGUUAAACUGUUGUUACGCAAUGGUGCUAAUGUUGAUCAUUGGCUACCAGAUCUAUACAAUUAUAAGUCUACUCUUCAAUUUGCUGUGGAUAUAAAUGCUCCUAAUGAUAUGAUUGUCGCGCUCCUUGAUGCUGGGGCUGAUGUCUUUUGCCUCUGGGGUGAUUAUAUUCUGCCGUUCAAUUACAAGCAUAGACAUCCGUCAUUUACAAACAUAUUGAAGAAAAUGGCUGUCAAAUUGGACACUGUUGGGUACAAUCUUUUUAAAACUAAUAAGGUUGAACGGAUUCUUAAAGAUAAAAAGUUAUAUCAGUUCAAACAAGAGUGCUUUGAAGAAGUUAAAAGGAUGGACAGUACUCAAAUUGAAACUACCAGUGUUACGUACUAUGAGUUGCUGACCAGACAUGUUCAUGACUUAGCAAGAGAUGAGCAGUAUGAUGUCUUAAAGUCUGUGGUUUUAAAUGAAGAUCUAGAAAAGCAGUUUCCGUUGUACGCUGGUAUUAUUCAGGCACGCUUUAAAAGUGCUGUUGAAACAAGAAUGCAUUUGCCGGAUUUUGAGGAUUUUAUGUUAACUAUUUUUCCUGAUGCUUCGAUUCCUUUAAUCCACAAAUUAAUACCUUUUAUCUGCGAAGAAGGCUUGGAGGCCUUCAAAUCGAAAGGGCGUUUUGUAUUCCAGGACAUGUUUAAUUUGCCGAACUUUUGAUCAGUGAUAAAUUGUAUUGGAAUAAAGUUUAAUAUUUUGUUAAUAAUAUAAAUUGCAAUGAAUUUCAGAAUUUAAUUCUUGAAAUUUGAAACUAUUUUUCUCUAUAUUUUGUAACAAAACAUUAGAUAUAAAUUUGGAGAUUUAAAACUUUAGUAUUAUAAGUUACGGUGAUUAUAAUUAUAUUGAUUUUUGGUAAAACUGUACUUGCUUUAAAACUGAAUUGUUUAAAUAAAUUACUUAAGGAUUUAAUUAGACUUGUUCCUUCUGAGAAUUGUAAAAUAAUGUUUAACUAAGAAUUCUUAUCUAUCAAUAGAUUUAAUCAAACUCCCGAAUGACAUUGAUUAGAAAUUGUGUCAGUUUAAACGGCCGUUAAAAUCACAUAAAUUAAUAAAUAUCAUUUAUUCUUUUCUUACAUAACCAUUUUCAGUGACUUAGUAGAACAAUAGUUAUCAAAGUCAAACUACAUCAGCGAUGUUUCUUUUUUUGAGUUUACUUCUUGUAUUGGAUUUUGUGAUUUAUUAAAUGAUUUUACAAAUUCUUA